AUGAUUAAAUUUAGAAAUACUUCAAUUAUUACUCAAAGAAUUAUUAGAGUGCCAUUCCAAAGGUUUCUUAGCAUUCCCGGGAAUGGUGAUACCAAAAAAAGUCCCACUGCAAUUGUAUUAUUAAAUUUAGGUGGACCAUCAAAGUUAGAUCAAGUAGAAGAUUUUCUUACCAGAUUAUUUUGUGAUCCGGAUCUUAUUCCUAUUCCAUUUCAAAAAACAUUGGGUCCCAUAAUUGCAAAACGUAGAACUCCUAAAAUUCAAGAUCAAUAUGGAAAAAUUGGAGCCCCACAUAAGUCAUAUAUAGCAUUUCGUUAUGCAUCACCAUUAACAGAAGAUACAAUAAUUCAAAUGAAAAAAGAUGGUGUGAAACGGGCAAUCGCUUUUACUCAAUAUCCUCAAUAUUCUUGUUCAACCACUGGUAGUAGUUUAAAUGAAUUAUGGAGAAAAUCUGAAUUAUUUGAUUCGGAACAAUCAAUUCAAUGGAGUAUAAUAGAUCGAUGGCCAACUCAUUCCGGAUUAAUUGAGACUUCUUUACAAACAUAUCCUUCAGAAGUUCGUGAUAAAGUAAUUUUAUUAUUUUCAGCACAUUCAUUACCUAUGGUAGUAGUUAAUCGUGGUGACCCUUAUAUCUCAGAAGUUUCCGCUACGGUUCAUGCGGUAAUGGAAAGAUUAAAAUUUUCAAAUCCAUAUCGUUUAGUUUGGCAAUCACAAGUAGGACCUCAACCUUGGCAAGGACCUCAAACUGUUGAUGCAAUAUUAGGAUUUGGUAAAAAAGGUGAAAAUAAUAUUUUAUUGGUACCAAUUGCAUUCACAAGUGAUCAUAUUGAAACUUUAUUUGAAUUGGAUUUGGAAUAUGGUCAUGAAGCUGAGAAGGGUUUAAAAAGAGUAGAAUCACUUAACGAUGAUCCGGUGUUCAUUAAAGCAAUGUCAGAUAUUGUGAAGAGUCAUUUAGAUUCUGGAAAAGUUACAUCAACUCAAUUGUUAUUAAGAUGUCCAAUGUUAAAGAAACAAUAUCCUGGAAUAUUUCGUUCGGGAGGAGACCUCUUCGACUCCGAACUUUUAAGAAGUCCUGAAGCCGUCAAGGCUUUUAAUUCGUUCAUGGGCUUUCUCAAAGAAAAAAUAAUGAAAGCCAAUCCAACGGCCACUCACCAUUUUCUUAAAAAAUUGGCCAACAUGAAAAAAUUAACUCGUGUUUACACGCAAAAUAUUGAUAAUCUCGAGGAACCAGCUGGUUUAUUGGUAGAUUGGAAACUCGAGAAAGUCACGAAAUAUAAAGGUCAAGUGGUUCAACUACAUGGGUCAAUGGAAAGAUUGAGAUGUAUGAAUUGCACCAAUGAUUAUCCAUUCGAGACUCACUAUUGUGGAUUAUUCAAACAAGGGGACGCUCCUAGAUGUCCAAACUGUGAAGAGAGGGAAGAAAGUCGCAUAAAACAAGGAAGACGGCCGCACACAGUUGGUGAACUUAAGCCAACUGUAUUGCUUUACGGUGAAGAACAUCCGAAUGGAUAUGAAAUUGGUCAACUCGCCUCCCAAGACGAAAGCAUCAAGAGCCUUAUUAAGAAGUUUUCAAGGGCCGUUCAUAACCGUGGUGGGCAUAUUAUAUUGGUAAAUAAGACUGAUGUAAUGACAAAGGAGUGGAAUGGGGUGAUCGAUUAUCAAAUAGAAGGUGCAUGUGAUGAUUGGGUCAGAAUAGUGGAAGAAGAGUUGGAGAUGAUGGAGAGUACAUCAAGGAAGAUGAAGAGGAAGGUGAAUCCGACCGAACCGAGGGAUGUGAAAAAAUCGAGAGUUGCUAAGCCCACCACGGUUAGAAAAACAAAAAUUCCAAGUAAAGAUGAUCGACCUUCACUAAAAAAAGGAAAAACAUCUCCAAAUCAAGGAAGUGGUUUAUGUUAG